AUGACUAAUAUUCAGAAACCCCCAGUCUACAAGCACAUUCUACCACGUGUCCUGGAAUUCACAACUAACAAUGAAUACUAUAAUAACCAUGACAAAAACAUUGCUGCAUCAAAGCUACCAAUAUCACCACCACCAUUGCCAAAACAAACCACUCGGUUACCCAUUAGAUACGACACGCCAUCUGAUACCAUUAGAGAACGUCAGUCUCGAGUAGACAGAAUUUUAGAGAAGUACCGUCGGCAACCAUCCAGUUCUGUCUCCAGACAGUUUUCUAGAUCGAUAAGCUGCAAUGUACCCACUGAAUCUCCUACACCUAUUAAUGAUCUUAACUUAUUACACACUACAAGGAUGAAGGCAAUUGAUAGUGAUGAAAAAAAACUGAAUUCGGGGCCUCGAAGCAUCAGCCCAUAUGCACUUUUUGAUCGUUCAGAUCAAAAUUACAAUACUGUAGGUACCAGCCAGGAAAAUAAAAACCAUGCUACAGUGAAUAAUUAUUUGUCAAAAUCGUAUUCAUUGAAAACUUUGGGUGAGUACCGUGCUCAUAAUUCAAACAGUUUAUCGUCUGUUGAUCAUAGAUCAUUAUCAAAAUCAAAUAGCACAUUUGUCAAUAAUGAUGAAGAUCCACCCUCAUCAUCAUCAUCAUCAUCAUCCACUACUACUUCUAAGAGUAUAAAAGAAGACACUAAUCAUUAUGGUUCUUCAGCCCUAUUGGACUGGACAGUUGGCAAUUAUAGUGAAGAGACAGUCAGUGAUCGAAUUAGACGACGCAGUUUCUAUGUGAAAUUAAAAUAA